AUGAUUCCAAUCAAGGGACGUAAGCUAUACCAUUCCAAGCUUCCUAUAGAGGAAAGUUCAGACAAGACAAUAGCAGGAGAAGUCUGCACAACCUCUAUGGAGCUUGAAUCCAAGGAUUGGCGAUUCCCGUAUAUCGAUUAUGUCUUAUAUGGGAUUUUUCCUGAUAAUUCUAAGGAAGAGGCCGCUAUCAAACGAAAGGCCCUCCGAUUUUAUUACAACACGGUUUCCCAAACAUUAUAUCAUAAAUCACAUGAUGGAGUUUUGCUUCAAUGCCUUUCUCAAAAGGAAGCAAAGGAGGCUCUCAAGGAGGCUCACGAUGGAAUGUGCGAAGCCCAUCAACCUGAGGCUAAGUUGGGAGAUCACCUCCGACGAAUUGGCUAUUAUUAG